AUUCUUAUGAUGAGGCUAGAAGUUUGUUGGAUGAAAGAUAUGGCGAUCCUUAUAUUUUGGCAAAUGCCUUUCGUGAAAGGCUUGAAAAAUGGCCCAAAAUAGCUGCGAGGGAUGGUCAUGGUCUUAGGCGAUUUUCAGAUUUCUUGCGGCAGUGUGACACUGCAAUGCGCUCUAUUGGUAGUCUUGGGUGUCUCAAUGAUGAUAGAGAAAACAGAAAGUUGUUGCUUAAGUUACCAGAGUGGAUUGUCACACGUUGGAACCGGUUAGUAGUAAAAUGGAAGGAUCAGAAGGGUUCAUUCCCUCCCUUUUCCGAAUUUGUGAAUUUUAUUGUCUGUGAAGCCAAAAUAGCUUGUGAUCCAAUAACAUCUCUUCAGUCACUUAAAUCAGAUCAAACUAGCUCUGAGUCAGAUAAGUCUGAUAGACGUCCAAGGUAUGAAAACAGUCGGCGACCACCUGUGAGAGGUUAUUCUAAUUUCACUGAUACUAAACAUAAAACCCCAUAUGUCCCUCCUAAUUCAGGUAUUUCUAGUAACUGUUGUCAAAUCUGUAAGGGAAAACAUGAUUUAGAUCAGUGUUCGCAGUUUGUCAGUAGAUCUUUAAAUGACAGAAAGGCGUAUAUUAAAGACAACAAGUUAUGCUUUGCUUGUUUAAAGCCAAACCAUGUUUCAAAAUUUUGUAGGCAGAGGAAACAGUGUAAAACAUGCUCUAAAUUUCACCCAACGUCUUUGCAUGGUGAUGUUACUAAAUCGGAAAAUCCUACAGAUAUAUCUAAAAAUGGUUCCAAAGAUCAACCACCGUCUGAUGUUAAAAUCCUGUCUAAUACCUCUUUCUCUACGAGCACCAGUACAUGUUUGAAAUGCUCCAUGAUAGUACCAGUAUAUGUGUCUCAGAAAGACAAUCCUACAGAAGAAAGACUAGUGUAUGCGCUUUUAGACACUCAAUCAGACACUACAUUUAUUCUCAGUCACACCUGUCAAAACCUUGGUAUUUCAGGUACAAAGGUAAAACUUCUUCUUUCCACAUUACAUUCUGAAAAUCGUAUUGUUUCCAGUGAAAGAAUUAAGAAUUUGGUUGUGCGCCCCUUUGAUAGCGACUUACGUAUGGAUAUCCCAAAUGCGUAUACCAGAAGCAUUAUGCCAGCCAAUAGAUCACACAUUCCGUCUCCUCAAAUUGCGGAGAAGUGGCCUCAUUUGGCACCUAUUGUAGACAAGUUAAUGCCUGUCAGUAACUGCGAAGUAGGACUCCUCAUAGGAUAUGAUUGUUCUAGGGCUCUUCUUCCUAGAGAGAUAAUUGCCCCAGAUGGCGACGGUCCUUAUGCCCAGAGGACAGAUUUAGGUUGGGGUAUCGUAGGUAUAGUGGGUUCCGAUAAUGUGCACAGUUGUAACGAUGAAAUUGGAGUUAGUCAUCGUGUUGUUUCCUGUGAAGUUCCCCACAAUUUGGUUUCUGGUCCUACUCAUAUGCUAGUGUCUCUCCGAAACAGCGUUAAAGAACUUGUUAACCCACAUGAGGUUGCGAAAAUGAUGGAACUAGAUUUUAGUGAAUGUUCCAGUUCUUGUGAUAUUUCUAUGUCUCGAGAAGACCAAAAAUUUAUAUCUUUGUUGCAAGAAGGUAUUCACAUGACAGAUGGUCAUUAUGAAAUGCCGUUACCGUUCAAAGAUUUUGUUCCUGUUCUACCCGAUAAUAGAUCCUUAGCUCUUCAUCGUCUUGGUCAGUUGGGAAAAAGACUUGCCAAGGAUGACUUAUACCAAACCCAGUAUACUGCAUUUAUUGAAGACAUGAUCAAGAAGGGUUAUGCUGAGAGGGUCCCAAUGGAAGAUAUUGACCGUAAGGAUGGCCACGUGUGGUAUAUUCCACACCAUGGUGUGUUCCAUCCGCAGAAGCCUGACAAGAUCAGGGUGGUUUUUGACUGUAGUGCUCAGUUCAAGGAUAAAUCUCUUAAUGGUCUUUUACUCCAGGGUCCAGAUUUAAUAAGUAAUCUGAUCGGAGUUCUUUGUAGAUUUAGGAAGGAAGUUGUGGCCUUCACUUGCGACAUCCAACAAAUGUUCCACCAAUUCAGGGUAAAUCCAGAACAUCGGGAUUUCUUGAGGUUUUUGUGGUGGAAGGAUGGAGAUCUUAAUGGUGAUGUUGAAACAUAUCACAUGAAUGUCCACCUUUUUGGCGCGGUUUCGUCUCCUGGAUGUUCAAAUUUUGCUCUUAAACAGGUUGCUUCUGAUUACGAAGCUGAGUUUGGGUCUGAUUGUGCAAGUUUUAUCAGGAGAGACUUUUAUGUUGAUGACGGAUUAAAGUCCGUGCCCUCCGUGAACGAUGCUAUUAGUUUGAUAAAUCGGAGCAAAGAAAUGUGCAGUAAAGCUGGUUUACACUUGCACAAGUUUCAAUCCAGUUCAAAGGAUGUACUUAAUCACAUACCUGUUGAUGAUAGGUCUAGUUGCCUUAGAGAUGUCGAUUUGCUGCGAGAUGAUUUGCCUGUUGAGCGUACUCUUGGUAUACAAUGGUGUGUGGAAUCGGAUACCUUCCAGUUCCGUAUCACUCUAAAGGACAAUCCGUUUUCCCGUCGUGGUGUUUUGUCCACAUUGAGUUCUGUUUAUGACCCUCUUGGCUUUCUAGCUCCUGUGAUUUUGAUAGGCAAACAGCUUCUUCAGCAAAUGUGUAGAAAUAACACUGAUUGGGAUAGUCCUUUAUCUGAUGAUUUUAAGCCCCUGUGGGAGAGAUGGAGACAUGACAUCUUGCAGUUGCAUUCCUUGCAGGUGCCAAGGUGUAUAAAACCUGCAGACUUUGGUUCUAUCGUGAGAUCCGAAUUGCAUAACUUCUCAGAUGCAAGCUUUAAGGGUUAUGGCCAGUGCUCAUACCUGAGACUGAUAGACUCUAGAAAUCAUGUUCAUUGUUCGCUUUUGUUAGGCAAAUCCAGAGUUCAUCCCUUAAAACAAACAACAAUUCCGCGUCUAGAACUUACUGCAGCCGUGGUUUCAGUAAAGGUUGGUAAUUUGCUGCAGCUGGAAUUAGACUUGGAUCAUAUUGAGCAGUGGUAUUGGACCGACAGUAAUGUUGUCUUGGGUUAUAUUUCCAACGACUCCCGUAGAUUUCACAUCUUUGUCGCAAAUAGAGUACAGGAGAUUCGGAACCAUACAGAACCAAAUCAGUGGAAAUUCGUUAAAAGUGCUGACAAUCCAGCCGACAUUGCAUCUAGAGGUGCGUAUGCUCAAGAAUUGUUAGAAUCCUCUUGGUUCACUGGUCCAAAAUUCUUGUGGGAGCCUUCCAUACCUUCUGUUAAUGAUGAUACCGAGAUCAGAAACUUGUCUCCUGAUGAUCCAGAAGUUAAGAAAUCUAUUGUUCAUACUUCUUUAGCCAUAUGUGCUCAUUCCAGUAUUCUUGAACGAAUAGGAUAUUUUUCUGAUUGGACUCGUGCGAAGAAGGCAAUUGCGGUCUGCCUUAGGUUUAAGGAAAUGCUUGUCAAACGUUCUAUCAAGAGGUGUUCCAAUGUGUCAUGUAAGUUUGAUGUUGAGCUGCGUUUAAAAAAUUAUCAUCCAGUUCAGGUGAACGAGGUUCAAUCAGCCGAAAGAGAAAUCAUAAAGUUAGUGCAGAAAGAUGCUUUCAGCGAUGAGCACGAAUUAUUGUCAGCAGUUGUCAAGUCUCAGAACAAAAAUUCAAAUUUAAAGCAUUUUAAUGUUUUGCAAAAAGGUUCUCCGAUUUUCAAGUUAGACCCUUAUAUGGAUGGGGAAUGUAUCAUUAGAGUUGGCGGUCGUCUAGCUAAUUCGCAGUUUUCUCUUAGCGAGAAACAUCCCAUUAUCUUACCCAGGAAGGGACAUGUAUCUGAUCUGAUUCUUAGACAUUUCCAUGAGAGAGUAAAACACCAAGGUCGGGGAAUGACCAUAAAUGAAAUCAGAGCAAAUGGUUUCUGGCUUCUUGGUUGCAGCUCUGCAGUUUCUUACCUGAUAUCUCGCUGCUUGAUUUGCCGUAAACUGAGAGGCUCAUUGCAAGUACAAAAAAUGGCCAACUUACCCUCUGAUAGACUCGAACCAACGACUCCGUUUACCUAUUCUGGUGUAGAUUACUUCGGACCAUUUUACAUUAAAGAAGGCAGAAAAGAACUUAAACGUUGGGGUGUUUUGUUUACGUGUCUCUGUUGUAGAGCCGUGCAUGUAGAGGUAGCAUGUUCUUUAGAUACGAGCUCCUUUAUAAAUGCUCUUCGUCGUUUCUUGUCAAUUCGUGGUUCGGUUCGUGUUCUAAGAUCUGACCGUGGUACUAAUUUUGUAGGAGCACAGCACGAGCUCAAAGACGCCUUUGGUGAGAUGAAUUUUGACCAGAUACGUCACUUUCUACUAAAUGAGGGCUGUGACUUUCAAUUUAAUAUGAACGUUCCAUCCGCUAGCCACAUGGGUGGCAUUUGGGAGCGCCAGAUCCGCUCGGUUCGCAACAUUUUAUCCGCUUUAAUGUUACAAAAUGGGUCACAAUUGGAUGACGAAGCUUUACGCACUUUCAUGUGCGAAGCGGCAGCCAUUGUUAAUAGUCGUCCGAUUACUGUUAUGAAUGUGAAUGAUCCUCUUUCUGCUGAACCCCUAACGCCAAAUCACCUUCUUACUUGUAAAUCCAAGAUCAUUCUGCCACCUCCUGGAAAUUUCAAAAGGUGCGAUUUGUUUUCCAGAAAACGUUGGCGCAGAAUCCAAUAUUUGGCAAAUGAGUUCUGGGUUAGAUGGAAACGGGAAUACUUACAUAACCUUCAGGAAAGGGCUAAAUGGAUUCCUGCUCGCCGAAAUCUUUGCGUUGGUGAUGUCGUUAUGAUAAUGGACGAAAACCUCCCUAGAGGUCAAUGGCGAUUAGGAAUGGUUUCUGAGGUGUUUCCAAGUAAUGAUGACCUAGUAAGAAAGGUCAAGGUACAAGUAGGCGAACCAGGCUUAGAUAACAAAGGCAAACGAAUAAGAGAUAUGAGUUUCUUAGAAAGACCUGUUCAUAAACUGAUUCUUUUGAGAGAGACCGAGUGAUUCCCAGUCGAGGAGCCAGUUAUAUAUCAUUGUAUUGAAUAAUUUGUUUUUCUUUCUAUGUACAUUGAUAUUUUAUUUUUAAGAUGCGAAUGUUUAAAUCGAUCAAAUUCGUCAGAACAAGUUUUGUAAGUUAAAUGCGUUAUAUAAUUAUAUACCGUAUAUGUUUUAUUGUUGUUGUUAAAAUUAGAUAAUCCUAAUUUUGGGGAGCCAUGUUGAUGCCGUCGCGUUGGUUGUGGUACGAAUCGGCUUAGUGCGAAACAUAUUUAAUUCCGACGUGAUUAUCUCCCUUUGACUUUUCUGCGGCAUUUGUAACGAUUGUUAAACGUUUUGGGGGAAAACGAUCUUCGAAGAGUUUUUAAGUUCUAAAUAGUGGCAAAGAGUUUUCACGUGAGCAUUGCGAACAAUACAAUCGAAAUUGCGGAAAUAAACUGUAUUAAGCUCUCA